GUGGGCGGUGCUCCGGCUGACUGGGAAUGUCAGCUGCUUGAGUGAGAAGGGGUUUUCCUUUCCCGGGAACCUGCAGGCCUUCUGCUGAGUGCUUCCGCCGUCAUUUCAGAGCGGGGGUCCCAGAACCUGGACGGCUGUGGUCGACGCGGAGUUUCUUGGUCCCGUCCAGAUUCUGUCUGGUGAGAUCAGAUGCUUACAGGUAUGAUCCAGACCUGCACAUGAAUUACAUUCAUUCAUCAGAGUGAACAUUCAAUAAUGAGUGGUGCAGCUUUGGGACUCGAGAUUGUUUUUGUCUUUUUUCUGGCAUUGUUCCUACUUCAUCGAUACGGAGACUUUAAGAAACAGCAUAGGCUUGUAAUUGUUGGAACACUGCUUGCUUGGUAUCUCUGCUUUCUUAUCGUCUUCAUACUGCCUCUGGAUGUUAGUACGACAAUAUACAACCGGUGCAAGCAUGCUGCUGCAAACUCAAGCCCUCCUGAGAAUAGCAACAUUACAGGAUCAUACGCAACUGCUAUCCCAAGCCAGCAUCCAUGUUUCAAGCCAUGGAGUUACAUUCCUGAUGGAAUCAUGCCAGUUUUCUGGAGGGUAGUAUAUUGGACAUCACAAUUUUUAACAUGGAUUCUGUUACCCUUUAUGCAGUCAUAUGCAAGGUCAGGAGGGUUUUCCAUCACUGGGAAGAUCAAAACUGCACUUAUUGAGAAUGCAAUCUAUUAUGGUACCUAUUUGCUGAUUUUUGGAGCAUUUUUAAUUUAUGUAGCUGUAAACCCACGUUUACACUUAGAAUGGAACCAGCUCCAGACAAUUGGGAUAGCUGCUGCAAAUACGUGGGGUCUGUUUCUUCUUGUGUUGUUGUUGGGGUAUGGCUUGGUGGAAAUUCCUCGGUCAUACUGGAAUGGAGCAAAAAAGGGUUAUCUACUUAUGAAGACUUAUUUUAAGGCAGCCAAACUGAUGACAGAGAAAGCAGAUGCAGAAGAGAAUUUAGAAGACAUCAUGGAGGAGGUUCGUAAAGUGAAUGAAAGCAUCAAGUAUAACCACCCGUUGAGAAAAUGUGUUGAUACAAUACUUAAAAAGUGCCCUACAGAAUACCAGGAAAAAAUGGGUAGGAACAUGGAUGAUUAUGAAGAUUUUGAUGAAAAGCAUAAUACCUACCCAAGUGAAAAAAGCCUAGUAAAACUACAUAAACAGGUGAUUUAUUCAGUUCAGAGGCACCGUCGCACUCAAGUACAAUGGCAAAUUCUUUUGGAACAGGCAUUUUAUCUAGAAGAUGUGGCAAAAAAUGAAGCCAGUGCAACUCGUCAGUUUGUGCACACUUUUCAAUCGCCAGAGCCAGAGAAUAGAUUUAUCCAGUAUUUUUAUAAUCCAACAGUUGAAUGGUACUGGGAAUGCCUUUUACGACCGUGGUUUUACAGAAUACUUGCUGUGGUUUUGUCUGUCUUCUCUGUGAUUGUUGUGUGGUCAGAGUGUACAUUCUUUAGCACUAGACCUGUCUUAUCCCUCUUUGCAGUCUUUAUACAGAUGGCAGAAAAAACAUACAAUUAUAUUUAUAUCGAGAUGGCUUGCUUCCUUUCUAUCUUCUUCCUAAGUAUCUGUGUUUAUUCUACUGUGUUCAGGAUCCGUGUAUUUAACUAUUAUUACUUGGCUUCACAUCACCAGACUGAUGCUUACAGCCUUCUUUUCAGUGGCAUGUUAUUUUGCCGUUUAACUCCUCCUUUAUGUCUUAAUUUCUUGGGUUUGACCCAUAUGGAUUCAUCCAUCUCUCACCAAAAUACUCAGCCAACUGCUUAUACGUCUAUUAUGGGUUCCAUGAAAGUUUUAUCCUUCAUUGCAGAUGGAUUCUAUAUAUAUUACCCUAUGUUGGUGGUAAUUCUCUGCAUAGCUACUUAUUUUAGCUUGGGAACUCGUUGUUUGAAUCUGCUUGGUUUCCAGCAGUUCAUGGGAGAUAACGAUAUGACAUCUGACUUAGUUGAUGAAGGAAAAGAGUUAAUCAGACGAGAGAAGAGAAAAAGGCAAAGGCAAGAAGAAGGUGAAAAUCGAAGAAGAGAAUGGAAAGAACGUUAUGGACACAAUAGAGAAGAUUCCACUAGAAACAGAAAUGUUCAUACUGACCCGAAAGAGUCAAACUUCUCAGAUAUUAGUACCAAUCGGUCAGCAUCCAAAUAUACCAGAGCUAAUAAUAGGACUGAAAGGGACAGAAUAGAACUCCUCCAGGAUGCAGAACCUUUGGAUUUUAAUGCAGAAACAUUCACUGAUGAUCCUCUUGAGUCUGAAUCAGGAAGGUAUCAGCCUGGUGGACGAUAUCUCUCGAUGUCUCGCAGCAGAAUAUUUGAUGAUGUCUAAAGUGUGAAAGAAUUUAUGUUACAAUUAUCUGAGGUCAACACAUCAGUACACCCUAGAAUUUACUCUGUGCUCUGGGUAAAAAGUGUCAGGAUAACAAAAAAGGCAUGGAAAAUUAAUUAUAUUCUAGUAAUAAUAGUUUAUCUAUUGUUCAUUGAAUAGAAUAUCGUCUUUCUGUUAGGAUUUAACUUAUUUUUAUGCAGAUAAUGCACACCUUCUGCAUUUGUUUGCCAGCCAUGCCCUCCCCCCGCCCCGCCCCAGGAGGCGCCUUCACAAGCACCUGCAUUCCAAUCCUCUUUCACAGGUUGCUGUAAAAAACAAAAUUAGCAUAGCAGGCUUACUAAAAAUGCCUCAUGGGGGAAGGGUUCCGCCAGCAAACAAAUGCAGAAGGCACGCAUUAUUUGCAUAAAAAUAGGGUAUUACAUACCAAAAACCCAAUGCCCUUGAGUCCAUUAUGACUCAUAGCGACCUAUCUAUAGGCCAGAGUAGAAUUGCCCCACAGAGUUUCCAAGGAGCACCUGGCGGAUUUGAACUGCCAACCCUUUGGUUAGCAGCUGUAGCACUUAACCACUACGCCACCAGGGUUUAGGGUAUUACAUACCAUUUAUUAAAUAUCUGCCUUAGAAGUACAGUUACCCUGGAAGGAUUUAAUUCAUGAUGAAGAUCAGUGUAUGUUGAGGACAUGUAGUUCAGUUUGAUUUAGAUAAAUUUUUUUCAGGAAAGUCAUUUUUUUUUUUAAGGUCCAAAAAAAAAAAAAACUUCAAGGAACCUGUAAAUCAUAACUAAAGUUUUAUUAUGAUUUAUAUUUUUGCCAGUUCUAAAGAAGAUGUUAAAACUGUGUUUCCCAAAGAGAUAUAAGUGAAUAAAGACUUUAAAUAAUAACCAUAUUCACAAAACCCAUGUCUUAAAACAAGGCUUACUUACCAGUCACAGCAGUGUAAAAAGCUCUUUUUCAACUCUGUAUGCAAAUAAGUGAGGUUUUGCAUGUGUAAUUAAAACUAUCCUUCAACUGCUAGUGUUAGUAUCUUUAGCAUGCGUAGAAUAAUCAGGUGACGUAUUCUUUUUUCAGUCUUUGGUCAUAACUGGAAAUUUUUUUAUACUUUUGGUAUUGCUUUGUAAAAGAUUUUUAUUUCAGAGAGAAAUGUUCACCUUUGUCAUUUAACAUAUUAAUUUAAGUGUUGAUCAUUCCACUCAAACAGAAUCCAAAGCAUUAUUGGUAAAUAAUUGUUUUGUUUUGUUUUAUUUUUAAUAGCCAAAGAGUCCCACAAAAUUCCUAAGUUUUAAAGGUGCCUGUUGAUGUUUCUGUUAAAAAAAAUCCGAUUAUACAAAGAGAAAAAGUGAAUCCAUUUACUGUUGUUAAAAAAUGCUGUUACUGACACUUAAAUUGUGGUUUAUAGAAAGCAGAAAACUAAAUUAGAAUGGAAAUGUGUUAAAAUAACUUAUUGGUGAAACAUGCUUAAUAUUUUAAUUUUUUUUUUUUAAGCCUUUGUGUUUAAGCCAAAGUCACUGGUUUAAGCACCAGUAUUUUAUUGCAAACUGAACAUGGUUGAGUGCAACAUGCAUGCAGAAAGUCUUUAUUUCCCUGAAAUACUUGCCAAUUUUAUAGGAUCCGUAAUAUAUUGCUGACUGUACUUGAGCUUGCUCAAGACAGUCCCAGCUGAACACCUGUUAUCGUACAUAAUUAUUAAUAGUGUUCACUUUCACUCUCAACUGUCCCAGUUUGAAGAUAAACUAUAUGGCCACCCUAAUGAUAUGAUUGUGUGUUUCUUGAAGGUAAUCUUUCUCUGAAUCAUAAAUCUGAAAUUUUUAUUUUCCUCUUUAAUUAGUGUCAUCAUGUAAUUCUUGUAAAGGUACAGUUCCAUAUGGGUAGUAAAAGGAAUGGCGUCACCCUUCUUACCUGAUUUUCUUCAGUUUUUAUGACCUUUGAGAUUUAGAUCCCCUUUAAAGUAAUUAUCAAUGAAGAUGUACUCUCUGAAUCCAAGGUUGUAGAAACUGUCCAUUUGAAUACACACACACAGCCUUUUAUUGUGACCUGUGGUCAGAGAGCAACAGGCCAGGAGCAGAAAUAAUUUAAUCCUGUUUGUAACCACAGGAUUGACUCACUGAAUACCUUGGGCAAAUCACAUAACCUUUCAGUGCCUCAGUUUCUUCAUUUGCAAAAUGAAGGUGAUACUUGCUAUCUACCUACUGAUCUACCUCACAAAGCUAUUGUGAGGGUAUUGAGUUGAUGUUUGUAUACUAACAAAAAAAAACCCUAUAGUAGUGUUGAAAAAAAACGAAGUAAGUCAUUAGUCAUGCUAUUUAUACUAAUGGUACUUACAUUAGAUGCAGAAAUGAUCAUAAUAAGGCCUGGUUCCUUAUUAUUAAAAAGAAACAAGUACCCAAAGCAAAAACUCCAAAAUAAUUCAUCAAAAUUCCUGUGAAAAUAGUGUUGUUUCCCAUACGGUUUCAUCAUGAAAUUCAGAUGCUGUUGUAGAAGCAGGAAAAGAGAAGAAAUUAUCCAAUUACUUUUCAGACCUACUCAUAUAACGUUGUAAGACAAAUGGAUAGGAAUGUAUAAGGGAACAUUACUACUUUCCUUUAUUAUUAAAUUUUUUAUGAUUAUAAUAAUUGAAGUAUGUAUAUACCUUCACAAUCAGUAUAGAUCCUUAUAUGACUUUUGAGUUAUUUCCAAAAUAAUUUUUAGAUGUUUCAGUGAUUGAGAGCAUUCAACUUUUAAGCAGAGUUUGUCUUAUAGGACUUUAUAUACAAAUCAUAUAGGAAGGUUACCUUGCUCAUUCUCUAAUAGUAGACUACCCUUUGAGAAGGUUAAUUGUUAAUCUUCUAGAGCUUAGAGUUGAUCUUUUAGAGUUGUAUGUCUGAGUUCAGAAGGCAAUGAUUUAACCCCUGAAAAUGAAGACUUUAUCGCUGGAAAACUGAAUUAACAUUUAUUACGCCUCAUUGUGUCAAAAAACAAACAAAAAAAAAAAAAAGUAAUAGGUACAAAGAGCUUUCUGAUUUGAAAAGCUUAUAAAAAUUUAACUACAUUACAAAAUAUUACUAAAUUCAUAUACUUUACGUGCAGAGUACAGUUCUUAAAGAACUACUUUGGCACUUACUUUUUGAUGUCUUUUUUAUCUAAUAAAUAACUGAUUAGAGUUUUGUAAAUUAUUUUUUAAAUAGUUGUUAGAUAAGGAUAUUCAGUAAGCUGGUAAUUCACAAUAACUUAACAGAAAGUACUAAUCUAUUAAUUUCAUAACUCACCUGUAAAUUGCUAAUUAACACUUUUUGUACAAUAUCAGUAACUUGUUAUUAUCAAUAGAGCAUUUUUGUAAAAAAAAAAAAAUCGUAAAGUUCAAAAUAAAGUAUAAGCCUAAUUAUCAUAAUUUGCUCUUUUACCAAAUGAGUACAAGGGCCUCAGAACAGUUUUAUCAUGCAUGAGCCCUGCAUUUCACAGAAGUGGUAAGGGCUAAAUCAAAACGUUUAAGGGUUUUCCCUUUAUAAAGAAUAGAGAAAAGAAUUUGACAAUCCAAAGCUUCAAAAAGUUACCAGUUGAUUUGUUCUUGGGUCAUAUGUAGCUAUACCAUUCGAUUGAAUUAUCAGUUCUGAAAUCUAAACUGGAUCUAUACCCAAAUUAAAUUAAACUGAGGAUAGGAAAAUCAAUUGUUUGUUAGUAUAUUAUAGCAUUUUAAUGAAGGAAUUUCAUUUAUUUGCAAUAGCAAACCUCAUUGUUUAUACCUUUAAUAGGUUUAAGGAAUGUUUUUGAUGAUUAUUGAUUACAAUCUUAAGGGAAAAACAAACUCUCCACAGUUGUUCAUGUUGUACAGUAAUGUGAGUUUGUUGUACUUAUAAUUUGAGUGGGCCAUGCCUGAAAAUUGCAAGGUGAAAUACAUUUGUGCUACAAGGCAAAACAUGUCCGUGAAAAAUCUUCACAUACUCAGAUCUCCAAAACUGUAAUGGAUUGUAUUAUAUUAAGUUCUAAAUGUUAAGAAGUAAAUGGAUUUAGGGUUUUUCUCUUUAGUAUCUUCCUUCCUGCCUCACUCCUCUCAUGCCAUCCUUCCUCUCUGAGGCCUCCCUUUAGUGUGACUUUUAAUGUGCUGACAGAUUAGUCUUCCAGAUGUUUUGUGUACACAGUUGU